AUGCUCUCGUCAGUGCACUUCAGGCAGCCAUUUGCCAGAUGCCAACACGCAACUGGCCUGGGCCUGUGGGAAGUCUACCCACCGCCCCAAGGAUGCCUCUUCGUUUUGCUCCGACGGCGGGGCCCUGGUUUGGAUGUUAAUAUACAAAUUGUGCUUCUGAGAAUUGCAAAGAUAAUUUGGACAAAAGCCAAAAACCCACUCAGAUCUGUCAUCCUCCGCCCACCUUUUCACUGGAUAGGAAAAACGAUGGCUUUCAAAAUUAAAGUUUUCAAAAAUGUCUCACUCUCUUGUUUAAAAAAGCAAAACAGCCUUUCAUCACCAAACCUAAAGGAUUAUUUUGACACGAAAAUUGAUCCGCCACAUGAAAUUUAA